CUGCGGAAAGAUGAGGAGCAGGCAGCUGCCCUGAGCAUAGUGAGAAGGCCGUUGGUGGUGCCCUCGGCUGGCCAGGACCCCGUGCUGAGCAUGAAUCACCCCUUCUACGACGUGGCCAGGCACGGCAUCCUGCAGGUGGCAGGAGAGGACCGCUUUGGAAGACGAGUCAUCACCUUCAGCUGCUGCCGGAUGCCCCCCUCCCACGAGCUCAACCACAGGCGUCUGCUGGAGUAUUUGAAGCACAUGCUGGACCAGUACGUGGAGAGUGAUUACACCGUUGUCUACUUCCACCACGGGCUGAACAGCCGGAACAAGCCGUCCCUGGGCUGGCUGCAGAGCACCUACAAGGAGUUUGACAGGAGGUACAAAAAGAAUUUGAAGGCUCUGUACAUUGUGCACCCCACCAACUUCAUCAAGGUCCUGUGGACCAUCUUCAAACCCCUCAUCAGUCAUAAGUUUGGGAAAAAAGUCAUCUAUUUCAACUACUUGAGUGAGCUCCGCGAACACCUCAAGUACGACCAGCUGAUCGUCCCCCCGGAGGUUCUGCGGUAUGAUGAGAAGCUCCAGAAGCUGCACAAGGGCAGGUCGCCCUCUCCCGCCAAGACACCGCCACCACGGCCCCCUCUGCCUACCCAGCAGUUUGGUGUCAGUCUGCAGUACCUCAAGGACAAAAACCAAGGUGAGCUCAUCCCGCCUGUGCUGAAGUUCACAGUGACCUACCUGAGAGAGAAAGGACUCCGCACUGAGGGCCUGUUCCGGAGAUCGGCCAGUGUCCACACCAUCCGCGAGAUUCAGCGGCUGUACAAUCAAGGGAGGCCCGUGAACUUUGAUGACUAUGGCGACUUCCACAUCCCUGCUGUGAUCCUGAAGACCUUCCUGCGAGAGCUGCCCCAACCACUGCUGACCUUCAGGGCCUACGAGCAGAUUCUCGGGAUCACCAUCUGUCCUCAGAGCUGUCCCCCCUGCGCCCACGCCGUCCCCUCGGGGAAGACCGCGGAAGAACCCUGUGCCGUUGUAGGUGUGGAGAGCAGCCUGCGGGUGACCCGCUGCCGCCAGAUCCUGCAGAGCCUUCCAGAACACAACUACGCUGUCCUUAGCUACCUCAUGGGCUUCCUUCAUGAGGUGUCCCGGGAGAGCAUUUUUAACAAAAUGAACAGCUCCAACCUGGCGUGCGUCUUUGGGCUGAAUUUAAUCUGGCCAUCCCAGGGGGCGUCCUCCCUGAGCGCCCUCGUGCCUCUGAACUUGUUCACCGAACUGCUGAUCGAGUACUACGAGAAGGUCUUCAGCACCCCGGAGGCCCGCGGGGAGCUCAGCACUGGCGUCCCUGAGGCAGCCCUCCAGCUCUGACCCCGCCACAGCCCGGCACGGAGAGCUGAGACCCGGCCACAGCCUCUGGACAAGCUGCCUGCUGUCUGCACCCCUGCCCCCGGGAGGGGGUCUGUGCUCCCACAGUUCAGCACAAGCCCAGAAAAGCCUCAGAGUUCUGUUGCCAGGAAAAAAAAAAAAAAAAAAAACAACCUGAAAUAAAAAUGAUGGGUCCCUUAAGAGCGCAGCGCUGUGAGCAGCAGAAUUAACAACGACUUUAAAUCAAAUCUCGUGCAUUAUGCAGAAGGGUUUGCGGUGUGACGCACGGCUGUGAAAUGUAUGCCUCAAAUUUCCUGACUCCGAGAGGUGGCCCCAAGACGUUUUCCUGUGGCUGCUUUGAUAACCGUCUCCCUUUCACGAGCGGUAAUUGUGGAAUCCCAGCUUCAGCACAGCGUGGCCUUGUCACCCUCCCUUGUAUCAAAGCACCAUUUCCCUAUCAUUUCCACAGCAAAGGAGAGCGAUUACAGUGCUACUGUGUGGCAAGCACGCGCGGUGCAUUUCAGCGUCAAACAAUGAAAUGUGAUGUGGAAAUGAGGACUCCAGGGUGUCUCUGUUGACAGGAUGUGUGGAAUAAAUUGUUCAAACAUUCA